AUGUAUCACGAACACCUAAUCACGGGCAGGGAACACAUGGCGCAAACAAUCGGAAUAACAGAUGUGUUUCAUUUCACAAAAGCUUAUGAAGUGAACGACAGCACUGACCGACAAGAACAAAACCAACCCGGAAAACUUGGGCAAAAGCCUCGAUCCUGUGUAUCAAUCCGUGAAUCCGUGAAUCCUUCAAAACGCAUAGCUACACAAAAUGAGCUGAUUCAGCCGGAUUUGCCCUGA